AAGCUCCUCUUCCGGCAGUCAGCCCUUUCCUUCCGCGGUCGGGCACGGCAGCAAUGAAAGCUGAACAUGUUCUCUGCCAGGAAGCUGUCUGGAGUUUUCAGAGCCAUCAGAUUCCAUCAUUUCAGAUCCCAUUCUGUAUCCAGAGCCUCUCCAAACUUGACUUUUGUGCCAGCCUGUCUUCCCCCAGACCCCGCGGAAGUAGAGGAGCUGCAGCACUUUGUUUCUAACUCCAAGAGGCUGUUUGUAAUGACUGGAGCUGGAAUCUCGACCGAGUCAGGGAUCCCAGAUUACCGCUCCGAAGGUGUCGGGCUCUACGCCAGGACAGACAGACGGCCCGUCCAGCACGCCGAGUUCGUUCGCAGUGCCAGUGCCCGGCAGCGCUACUGGGCAAGGAACUUUGUGGGCUGGCCCCAGUUCUCCUCCCACCAGCCAAACACAGCACACCUGGUACUGAGGGACUGGGAGAAGCUGGGGAAGCUGCACUGGCUGGUGACCCAGAACGUGGAUGCCCUUCACACCAAGGCCGGGAGCCAGCGCAUGACGGAACUGCACGGCUGCACUCACAGGGUUUUCUGCUUGGCCUGUGGAGACCGAAUCUUGCGCUCUGAGCUCCAGGAGCACUUUGAGGCUCUGAAUCCUACCUGGAAAGCUGAGGCGUUUGGCGUGGCUCCAGAUGGGGAUGUGUUCCUGACGGAUGAGCAGGUGCGCAGCUUCCAAGUCCCAGCCUGCCGUAAAUGCGGUGGAAUCCUGAAGCCUGACGUGACAUUCUUUGGAGACACGGUGAGCCAGGAAAAAGUGAGUUUUGUGCACCAGCGCCUGGCGGAAUCAGACUCCAUGCUGGUGGCAGGAUCCUCCAUGCAGGUAUACUCUGGUUACAGGUUUGCUCUCGCUGCCCGGGAGAAGAAGCUGCCAAUUGCAGUCCUUAACAUCGGGCCCACAAGGAAUCAUCAUCUCAGAAAGGGGAAAAUCUCCAUCUGGGAGGCAGCUGUGAGAUCCGGUGCACGGCCGCUGAGGACACCAGGAGAGGGCAGCAAGCCUCGCACGUGUCAGCCUCGCCGGUUCUCUCCAUUGAAACCAUCGGGAAACAGGAUGAUGAUGAAAAAAAAACCACUUUUCUGCCUUACCUUGCCGUGCUGUUCCUCCUGAGGUUUGGAUAAAGGAGCUGAGAGUACCUUAUAAUGCAUUUUUCUGCUGCUCCUCUGGAAGUGGGGUUGGAGUUACCCAAAGCAAAUAAAAGCCACUUCCUAUUUGGCACAUCUUGUCUUUGUUUCUGGGCAAAUUCUCAGAGCAAACUGUAAUUGAGCCCAGCAGCCUGAGAGAGGUAUUUCACACACUAAGCUCCAGUGAGGGCAACACAGACUGCAGAUGGCCUGGAGGGCGGGGUGGCUGUGGUGUAAGUGCAGCCUCCCACAUCUUACAGUCACAUUGCUCCUACUGACACACCUGCUUAUUCAUGACUUCUGGAAAAUGACCCAAAUCUACCUUCUAGAGUGUGCUUCUUCCCCCAUAACUGCCUUGGAUGUCACCCUUUCCCAGCCUUUGCAGCAGGAAGGUGAAAGACUGUUCCAGACACCUGCAAUUCUGUCCUCUCCCACUAAGGAGAGAUACCCAAGUGCCACCUUCUGCACCACUAACUAGACAAUGGCAGGGAAGAAGAGAAGCAGAGCUUGAGAGGAA